AUGGAUAUUACAAGUUCUAAUAAUCCUACUUGUGAUGGGAAUGGUCGCUCUCGAGUGGCUUCAUCAAGUUUCGAAGUUGACGAUGGUGUAAUUAGGAGUUCAUCUUUAAUGAUUUUAAAUACUAGUGAAGCAAGUGAUCUUACCUCUGAGAAUGAGCCAAUUGAUCAACUAAAUGAAGAAAAUUUAAAUCAACAAGUAGGUCAAAUAGAAAUAGGAAAUGAUGAGCCAUAUGUUGAUCAGGUAUUUUCUUCUAUUGAUGAAGUAAAGAGGUUCUAUAAUGUAUAUGCCUUCAAGACAGAAUUUAGCAUAAGAAAUGCGACCCACUAUAAAGCAAAGAGGCUUGAUGGUUUGGUUACAUCAAUCACAUACACAUGCUCAAAAGAAGGACAUGCAAAACCUCCAACUCAAAAGAAAGAAACAGAAAUAGUUUCUGAAACAAAUAGAACUCCUCAGAAGGAGUUCCCAAAUCAGCGAACAGGUUGUAAGGCACUUAUGAGAUUAAGAAUGAUCGAGGAUGGAAAAUGGAUAGUUAUGUGA